AUGUCGAUACUCAGAUCACCAUACCAAUGUCUCAAGCAAUGUGGUAAUUAUCUUGUAGCAGCCCGAGGCUCAAGUAUAGAUACUUUUGACAUUAAGAAUGGUUCGUACCUUUCAACAUGGAAAUCUCCAGUCCCAGAGAGUAUGAGCCGAUCGAAAACAACCGAAGAAGAGACGCAAACGAAAAAUGAGGACCAGAAUUCAGAGACGGCAACUCCAGAGUUUAUAUUGGAGUCAUCGGCCCCGCCAGCAAAGAGGCGGAAGUUAUCUAUCACCAAAGAAUCUGGAGAAAAUACUGGUGUGGUACAGCAAUCAAAGAAGAAGACGAAGAACUCAUCACCUAAGAUUCUUGAGCCUUCGCCCAUUACUGCUUUAACUAUCACAAGAGACCUUCAGCACGUGAUUGCAGUCACCGGCGAGGAUAAAACCAUCAGAGUGCUGGCUUGGGAGGAUACAGUAGAAAAGGGAUUGAGACAAAUCAGUGAUCGCACUAUGCCCAAACGACCAUGCGCUCUAGCCAUUACCGAUGAUUGUAAUACCAUAAUCAGCGCCGACAAAUUUGGAGAUGUGUACUCUCUCCCCCUCAUUCCAUCGCCUUUGGUUCCUUCAGCUACUGAAAAUGCCUCUGUCCAAAAACAGGCCCCAAAGAUGUUUCAACCCUCAGCUAGUGCACUAACAGUACAUUCGGCGCGCAAUUUAAAAGCUCUCGAGGCUCAAAAGAAACAGUCCAAUAAAGUUUCUGAAAAAACUGGUCCAGAUUUUGAGCACAAGCUACUUCUUGGUCAUGUUUCCAUGUUGACUGAUAUCUUGGUGGCUACCCUGUCAGGUCGUCAAUAUAUCCUCACAGCCGACCGUGAUGAGCAUAUUCGUAUUAGUCGUGGAAUUCCUCAGGCACAUAUAAUCGAGAAUUUUUGUCUCGGCCAUAUUGAAUAUGUUAGUCGAUUAUGUAUUCCUCCUACAAGACCAGAAAUUCUUAUUUCUGGCGGCGGUGACGACGAUCUUUACACUUGGAAUUGGCUUAAUGGAUCCCUGCUGUCCAAAACAAACCUCAAGUCUCAAGUCGAGGCACUUGAUACAGAAAAGCAAAGUGCACAAGAAGCCGAGUCUAAAAAGAUUGCAGUAACUGGAGUUUAUCACGCUAGAGAUGAAGUAUCUAACCAAGAUAUUAUCAUAGCUACUUCUGAAGGUGUCCCGGCUGCCUUCAUCUAUUUUCUCACAGCGUCUAACCAGCUCACUCACACUCAGACCCUCGCUCUACCAGGCAACGCCCUCUCUUGCACUUUCAGCAACCCCGACCUGUCGUCCCCAUUCUCCCUCAUUAUCUCCAUCAAUAACAUCCACGAACCCAGUUCAAUCACCACCCUCAAGGAUGCCAACUCCUCAGUUGCAAACCCUCUACAAUUUUUCAAAUAUGAAAAUGAGAAAUUCGUCAGCGUGCAACAAGAUGGAUUCGCACCGCAGGAUAGCGAGGGAAUUUUGGAUGACCAGCAGAAGAAUAACUUAUGUGGGCUGUUGUAUAACGUUGGUAAUUUGAGGAAGAUGGAGGAUGAGGAAUAA